CAUUAUCAUAGAGAGAGAAAAGCAUAGGUUAUGAAAUUAGAGAGAGAGGGAAUCCUCCAGUCACUCAACCCUACCCUAACCUCUAAUAAUUUUUGUGACUCUAACCUAACUUACUUCUGAAAUAGUUAUUCUAUAUUCAAUUUCUUACAGUAAAAAAAGAAUAAAUUGCAAGUAUUUACUUUUUAAAACAAUGGUAGUGAGUGUAUUCAUGAAUUAUUUCUCUUUCCCGUCAUUAUUACAUUCAACCACUGAAUGAGCAGUUGGAAGAAGUAAAUAUCCUGCUAAUCUGUAAUACAAACCCAAUAUGGAUCGUCCACUACUGAUUGCAGCGCGAAGGUUACUCCUCAAACGAAUGUUCUCUGCAAGGCCUUGCGCAAUUCCUGAAGAAUGUGUUAUAAACGAUAUUGAAAACAAUGUUCAUAAACCAAGAAAUCAUCCUGGAAUCAUGACUCCAAGAACUGUACUCAUUCCAGAAUCCUUCAUAAAAGCCGUGAUUAAUGCCACCCAAGAUUAUCCCCUUAAAGCUUUAUUAGAAGGAGGUGAAAAACUUGGUAGGCACCUCAAUGGAAGAGUACCUCCAUUGGAGAAAGAAGAAAUUAAAGAAAGAAUCCAAAGUAUUCAACAGAAAGUUUUAUCUCGCUGUGAUAAUCUUUCCAUCAACUCAAAAGAUGAUGAACAUAGAUUCAAACAAAGGGUUCAUGAUAAAGUAAAGAAAAUAGUAAGUGAACAAAUUUACAACUGGAAACCGAUAAAGUACGAUGUAUACAACUCGUUGCUCUAUCUGUUGAACAGGUCGGCUGCUGAAUAUGCUGUUUUAGUAAAAAUACUUGGAGAAAUUGAAUUGCGAGAUAAAGGUUUCAAGCCUCGAAGUUUAUUUGACUUCGGGUCUGGUGUUGGAACUGCAACUUGGGCUGCAAAUACAUACUGGAAGCAGAAUAUUUUUGAAUAUUUUAAUGUUGAUAUAUCAAGGGAUAUGAAUGAUCUAGCUCAAACACUUCUACAAGGUGGUAAAUUCACAGGAAAACAGAAUAUGAAAGGAGUUUUUCAUAGACAGUUUUUACCUGCCACUAAAGUAACAUAUGAUCUAGUAUUUUCAGCUUACUCUAUGCUUGAAUUACCAUCUCUACAAGCCAGAUUAGAAACGGCAUUGAACCUUUGGAACAAAACUGAAAAAUAUCUCAUAAUCGUGGAACAAGGUACGAAUGCUGGAUUCAAAAUUGUUAAUGAAAUCAGAGAUUUUAUUCUUCAGAUUGAUAAAGAGCCAAAUGUAGGAACAGUAUUCAGCCCCUGUCCACAUGAUGAUACAUGUCCAAGAUUUGUGCUAGAUGAUGGAACGCCUUGCAAUUUUGAAGUAACCUAUUUUUCUCUUCCAGUAGGGGCUUCUUCUGAAUCCAGAAAAGAGCUCUACUCUUAUGUAGUUUUAAAAAAAGGAAGACCUGAAGAAAUCGAUCAGCGGUGGCCGAGACUGGUCAGACCAACUCUUGUAAGGUCAAAACAUUCUAUAUGCAGGAUGUGCUCAGCCAAAGGAAAACUAGGAGAAGUGAUAUUCACAGCUUCUAAACAUGGAAAGUCAAUGUACCAUUGUGCGAGAGCCUCAAAAUGGGGCGAUCUUUUACCUGUUAAAAUCCAAGAUACAAUAGAGGAUGUAGAUUGUGAUAUAACAGAUCAAAAUUGAAGUGAACAGUUUGGUUUUAUUAUACAUGUGUUAUUGUAAUUCAAUAAUAUCAGUUGUGACUGAAUGUAUAUUUUUGGACAGUUUUCAGAGAUUAUAAUACGUUCAAUGUUGGUCGAGAAAUGAGAAUAAUAAUUCAUUCUUAGCUCA